GCCCACUAGAGGAGGAGCGGGCGGGCGCAUGCGCAGGAGGGGCGGGCGCUGAAAUUCAAACGGCGGAGCGGUUGGGGCGGCCUGAGGCACCCUGAGGUGGCGGCGAUGGACCCCUUCACUGAGAAACUGCUUGAACGAACCCGGGCAAGGCGAGAGAACCUGCAGAAGAAAAUGGCUGAGCGGCCCAACAUGGGAGCGAGACCUACAGUGCAGACCAAGAGGGUCAGAGAGCCCCUGCUAGAAACUGGUAACCAGGCAUCUUUUCCUGGUGAAGCAGCAAAACCUAGUACAAAACCGUCACCAUCAAAGAGGCUCUGCUCAAGCAAUACAGAGACUCAAGCUUCCAGUAUAGAGAAUGUGCAGCCUGUUCCUUCAAGUUCUACAAGCCAUCGUUCUCCUGAGGUGACUUCAGAGUCACACAUAGCUGCAUCUAACAGAGCUUCAUUGGCUCAGCCUCUUGAGGAAGGAAAAACAACCAUCAAGUCAGAAACUCCUGCAGCCCUUUCAGUCAAAACACGUAUGCAGAAACUGGCAGAACAGCGACGCUGCUGGGAUAGUGAGGAUCCCUCUGAAUGUGCUCCUCUGUCCCCCCUCCAGUCAAAAGACCUGCCUGUUUCUCCACCGAAGCAGACAGCUAAUGUUCUGGGGAGCAAUACUCCUAUUGGGAGAAGGGGCCGUUUAGCUAACCUUGCUGCUACAAUUGGCUCCUGGGAAGAUGACCUAAGUCAUCCAUCUGCAAAGCAAAACAAUGCACAAGAACAGCCUGGCACUACUUGUUUAUCCAAAUUGUCCACUACAAGUGGAGCAUCUGCUAGAAUCAAUAGUAGCAGUGUAAAGCAGGAAGCUGCAUCCUGUUCUCGAAGGCUUGUUGAGGCUUCUAUUAAUAAACCAGCAAACUCAAAGAUAGCGGAUUCAAAUAAUUUUAUAACACAAUCCUCGAGCAUCACUGUGCCCACUUCUAAAGAAUCUAAAGUACGACAACCACUAAAAGAGAAUCCCUGCAGUCCUCAGAAAAUUGAAAAACUUACACAACCAGUAAAAUCAACUUUGUCUCAACCAGUUCAGUCCAAAGAAGAGCCAGUCAAAGGAACACAUGUGCAACUCGAACCUAAGGAUAAACCCACAACACCAGGGGGAUCAGGAAUUAAGCCGUUCCUGGAACGCUUUGGAGAACGCUGUCAAGAGCAUAGUGCACACAGUCCUGCUACGAAUACACCAGGGUACAGAACACCCAUUGUCACUCCAAAUACACGGACAAUCCAGGAAAGGCUUCUCAAACAAAAUGAAAAUUCCUCUACUGCCAGUUUAGCGCUUCAGCUUAAGCAGGAACGUGAACGAGAACUUGCAUGCAUUCGUGGCCGGUUUGACAGGGGCAAUCUGUGGGGCACAGAGAGAAGUGAUAGUUUGAAGAGUAAACUUCCAGAAGCUAAAAUGGAUAGCCCAUCUCAAGCUAGUCCAAAACGUUCUCGUUCCGACGCCACCGCCUCUGGAUCAGCGGAAGACAUACCAGCAGAUGACAGGCCACCCAAGUCUCCCAGUGUAGAAUCUUCAGAUGCUCCUAAAUGUGAAGAGACUGAUAAUUCCAGUCCUCUGAAGAUUACUCAUCCGAAGAGCCCUGUAAAAGCGGUGUCUGUCUCUCAACUUGAACAAUUUGCUGAGAAACCGAAUGAUGAUGUAUGUGAAGUUGAAAUGAGUGUGGAUGAUGAGAUGAAUAGCUCAAAAGUGAUAAGUGAAAUCUUUGAAAUUCUUCAAGAGGAUGGUCCAGACAUAGAAAAGCUGAAGAAAGAAAUGAGCAUGAGCCUAGAAGGUGAAAGUGAUGAGGAUGAGCAGGAAGAGUCACUAAAUAUUUCAUCAAUGUCUCUGUUAACUCCUCUAGUGGAAUCUGUUGGUCCAGAGGCCUUUGUUUCUCCUUGUAAGUCAAUCAGUGGGGAUAGCAGUGUCAGUGAUGUAAGUCUGAAGUCUGAUAAGCUCCAAAGGAUUAAAGUCUCUACGGCAGAAUCUGGAGACAGUAUUAGCUCUACGUCAGAAGAUCGCAACCUCCUGUAUAGUGUUGAUGCGUAUAGAUCUCAAAGACUUAAAGAAGUAGAUCGUCCUUCAAUAAAGCAAGUCAUUGUUCGCAAAGAAGAUGUUGCUUCCAAACUGGAAACAAAAAAGAAUGGACCAUCUGAUCAAAUCAAUAUCAAAAAGAAGAUGCAGGAGAUGAAUAAUGAGAUUAACAUGCAGCAGACAGUGAUUUAUCAAGCCAGCCAAGCUCUGAAUUGCUGUUUUGAUGAAGAACAUGGAAAAGGGUCGCAAGAGGAAGCGGAAGCAGAGAGACUACUUCUCCUUGCAACUGAGAAGAGAACUGCUUUAUUGGAAGAAUUAAAUAAACUGAAGAGUGAGGGACCUCUUCUUAAAAGAAAUAAAGCUGCUUCCACAUCUUCUGAGUUUACCCCAUCCAGGGGAUCCGUUUCUAUUUCAGAGAUGCGUCUACCUCUAAAAGCAGACUUUGUUUGUGGUACAGUUCAAAAACCAGAAGCAGCAAACUACUACUAUGUGAUAAUACUGAGAUCUGGAGCAGAAAAUAUGGUUGCAACUCCAUUAGCAAGUACUGCCAGCUCCCUGAAUGGAGAUGCUCUUACUUUUACUACAACAUUUACUAUGCAUGAUGUGUCAAAUGACUUUGAAAUAAAUCUAGAAGUUUACAGUUUGGUGCAGAGAAAAGAAGUUGCAAGCACUGAUAAAAGGAAAAAGGCAAAUAAAUCUAAGGUUAUCACUCCAAAGAGAUUAUUAACAUCUAUCACCUCUAAAAGCACCCUUCUUACUCCAGCCAUGGCCAGUCCAGGCGGCCCUAAUGCGGUCCGCACUACUAAUUUCAUCCUUGUUGGAUCCCACAAGCUAUCAUUGUCUUCUGUAGGAAAUGCCAAAUUUGCGUUGGAAAAGAUGAAUUUUGAAGGGGAGGAAAGAGAACUAUUGAGCUAUAUGUUCCGGGACAAGGUUCCUGUUUUGUCUCCUUUGGAGGGUCAUAUAUAUCUAAAGUUAAAAUGCAAAGUGGACUCUUCUGUGGAGGAAAAAGGGUUCUUGACUAUGUUUGAAGAUGUUAGUGGAUUUGGAGCAUGGCAUAGGCGCUGGUGUGUACUUUCUGGAAACUGUAUAUCUUACUGGACAUACCCAGAUGACGAAAAACGAAAGCAUCCUUUGGGCCGGAUAAACUUGGCUAACUGUACUAAUCGUCAGAUUGAACCUGCUAACAGGGAGUUCUGUGCCCGUCCCAACACUCUUGAACUGAUAACUGUCCGUCCGCAGAGGGAAGAUGAUAGAGAGACCCUUGUUAGCCAGUGCAGAGACACACUCUGUGUUACAAAGAAUUGGCUGUCUGCUGAUACUAAAGAAGAGCGUAACCUUUGGAUGCAAAAGCUAAACCAAGUUCUUGUUGAUCUUCGUAUGUGGCAACCUGAUGCAUGCUAUAAACCAAUUGGAAAGCCUUAAGCACUGGAAGGGGAAUAUGAAGAAAAUAUAUAUAUGCAAAAGGCCACAUGAACUACACAAAGAAAAAAAGUUAAAUGAAAAUUUGUGGAAAGUUCUCUGGAUCACUUAAGCUUUAAAUUUGAGAGUACAUACCUUUAUACAGGACUUUUAUGCAGUAUUUUUAUCUCACUUUAAGAGUUUUAAAACUUUUUUCCUAGCUUUUGAGUAUGGUAGGAAGCAAUUAGCUGUUUCUAAAUAUGCUAAAUAUUUAUAUAACUCCUUUUUUUUGGAAGUCUCUGUAGCUAAGCAUGUUCUCUUCUUGAAAUAACUAAAUUAUUGGAGGAAAUCGCACUUCUGGAGAAUGAGGAGGGUGGGGGAAGCUAGUGAAUACACAAACUUACUAGUUAACUCAGCUCCCUGAAAAAAACAUUAGCUCAGAGUUAUAUUAGAAGGAUGGUGCUGAAGCAGGAAUUUUAAUGUUGGAGCAUUUCUUAUAAUGAUCAGGAAAAGUAGUUAAUAGUAAAUUUUAUUCUACAACAUGCAGCAUAAGUGUUUCUUGCUUGCACAAUGUCCUUUUCUUCUGGUCAGAACAAAAGAUGUGGACAAUAUUCAUACUUUGUAUUAGAUUUUAUGCCGUUUCUCAUACCAAACUGGUAUGGAUAAUUGCAUGUAUGCUAUAUGGUUUACAAGUAUGGAAUUAUAUAUGCAGUACAUUGCACUUUGAUAGAAAUGAAAGGUCUUGAAUAUUUUUGUUAGGACUGCUAUACAAAAAUUAGUUCUAGGUUUGUGUAUGUCAGUAUGUCUUAGAACUCGUGGUUUAUACAAGCUCGAAUUCUACUCCAUUUGAGAACCAGAAGUAGGCUAUAAAAUUGCUUUUUCUGUAAGACACUCUAAAGCUGCUAUCUACCAACUAAUACUCUUGCCAAAAGUAUGGAUCUUCUCCCCCACCGUAGACAUGUCCAUAAAUGCAGACAAAAAGAGUACUUCAGACCCAUCAUUAAAAUGGCAGAACUAGUCAGUAAAAACCUGCAGUUUUCACAGCUUUUUCACUGGGCUUAGUGAAAUACUAUCUCAUUACCCCACUAUUGCAAAUGCAGUAGUGGAAUACUUUUAAGUUGUUACUGCUGUUGUAUAUUCACACUUGAAACACUAAAUUCUGUUAUCUUAAACUGUUUUCAUCCAGCCACUUUUGUACUUUUGCUUUUAAAUCUAUUUUUUUCAGAUGUCCUUAAAUAUUUCCAAAUUAUGUAUUGAGAUAUAUUUUAUCCCUUUUAAAAUAAAUAAUAAAACUUUAUGCAACUUC